UAUCAAGAGUGUCAGAUCCAGUGUUUGUCAGAAGUGUUUAUCUGAAACAUCUGGAGAAAAUGUUCUUUGGGAUUUUCAUCUGUUUGUGCUCGUGGAGUCUGGAGGGUGUGUUUGGUUCUGCAUCCGUCUCUGUGUCUGUGAUGGAAGGAGAUUCUGUCCUUCUGUCUGUGAAUAUUACUGAAGCACAGAGACGUGAUGGAAUCAUGUGGACAUACGGUUUAAUUCCUAUAGCUAAACUCAAGACUGGUAAUAAAUAUAUGACAUUUAAUGGCACUGAUGGGAUGUUCAGAGACAGACUGAAGCUGAAUGAGACGGGAUCUCUCAUCAUCACAGACAUCAGAAUCAAACACUCUGGACUUUAUUAUAUCUCCACAACCAGCGAAGAGAAGCCAUUCAAGAUAAUCAACAUUACAGUCUAUAAUCGUCUGCCUGUUCCUCUCAUCACCAAUUCUUCAUCUUUAGAAGGAUCUUCAUCAUCAAAAUGUGUGUUUUUGUGUUCAGUGAUGAAUGUGUCACAUGUGAGUCUCUCCUGGUACAAAGGAAAGAGUUUAUUGUCCAGCAUCAGUGUGUCUGAACACAGUAACAUCAACAUCUCUCUUCAUCUGGAGUGUCUGGAUGAUUCUUACACAUGUGUAGUGAACAAUCCCAUCACAAACCAGACUCAACAUCUCAACACUGAUGUCUGUCAUCUGUGUCCUGAUAUGACCACUAUUGAACGAAGCCGUCAUCACAUUUCAGAUUAUAUAAUUCCUCUCUCUGGUGCCGCUGGAUCUCUGACGAUUGUAACUGUACUUCUGAUCUUCUUCGUCUGCAGGAAAAGCAGAAAAACAAAUCAAGAUGGAGUAAUUGUCAUGAUUUCGGAGGCUGACAAGGAGACACAGGAACAGAAGACCCAAUUGCAGACAGUGGUUUUGUUCACAGCUGAAACAGAUCAGGCGGGUGAACAGGAGAUCACUUAUGCAGAUCCAACAUUCUGUAAAAGAGAAAUGAAAAAAAAGAGAUGUGCAGUGGAGACUGAUGUUGUUUAUGCAGGAGUCAUGAGAAGAUGAUACACUGGACACUGCAGUUACUCAUCACAUAAUGAGUAAAUCAUAACAUUUUUACUCACAUUUAACAUUCCACAGUUUGUUUUUUCUCUAUUUAAUACAUUGAGAUAAAAGCAUUUAUUAUAUGAUUCCCUGUUUUCCAUGAUGAUGGUCAAGCAACAAAGCGUGCAUAAAGAGAACAUAAAAUAUAAAAAGUUAUUUUCUUUUUUCCAGGUUUUUGUAUUGCUGUACCACUAUCAGAACAAAGUUGCAAAAUGAUAAAAAAUAUACGAUUUUUAUCAUAUUUAUUAGUCCUUUCUUUAAAUAAUGAUUUAGACUUUUAUUCAUUUUUCACUGUGCUGUUGAAGUAAGCUUAUAACAAUGUAUAAUCUGAACCGUUUUUAACUUCUGAAGACUUUUUGUUUUUCAACACACAUAAUGAGAACAGGAACUAACCAUCAUUAUUUCAUCAUGAAACAGAUGAACUUUACAGAUCUCAGCAUAUUCAUCAACAUAGAUUUAAUAAUGUUUUCAAAAAUUACAUGUUUAUCAGAAAUUACCAUUUAAAUACACAUUAUCUACUAAGUGCUUUUUUGUAAACAACUGUUUUAUGAUAACGUUUGUCGUUUGUUUGGAUAUAAGUGUAGUAUUGACCCUGAUGACUACAGUAUUCUGUACUAAGGUGUUGACAAUGUAAAAAUUGUAUAUUCAGUUUCUUCUCAAUUUUAAACAACAUUAAACUCAUGAUGUGAUGUACAGUGAU